AUGCAUUACUGUCGUCCUUGUGGAUGUAAGGGCGUUAGAACUUGUUUGAUAUCCUGGGAAAACGAAUAUGACUUAAUUGAAAAAAACUGUCCCAAUCAUCGAGGAAAAAGUCUUGAUGUGAAUGGAAUAUUUGUAUUGCCUGAUUUUUUAACAGCUGAAGAAAAAGAUUUCAUAUUAGAUGGUAUUAAUAAAGAAAAAUGGGACUCUUCUCAAAGUGGAAGAAGAAAACAAAAUUAUGGUCCCAAAUGUAAUUUUAAAAAAAAUAAAAUUCAAGUAGGAAAUUUUAAAGGGUUCCCUUCAUAUUCCAAAAUUAUUCAUGAAAAAUUUAAAACUUUACCAAUUUUAAAAGAUUUUAGAGUGAUUGAGCAAUGCACCCUAGAAUAUGAUCCGACAAGAGGAGCUUCUAUCGAUCCCCAUGUCGAUGAUUGUUGGAUAUGGGGGGAAAGAAUCGUUACUGUAAAUAUUUUAGGGGAGACAUAUUUAUCAAUGUCUAGGCAUAAACAAAACAAUAAGUUUAAUUUGAAUAAAGUAGAAUCAUAUCCCUGUGUAUUAAAUAAUAACGGGGAAUUUAUUUAUAACAAUAAUUUGAGACCAUUUGAAUUUACCCACAAUGUACCCCAAGAUGAAAAUGUUGAAUUAAAAAUUUUAAUGCCUGAACGAUCAAUUAUUAUUUUAUAUGGGUCUGCAAGAUAUGAGUGGGAACAUUAUAUACCUAGGAAUGACAUAAAAAAUUUAAGGAUAUGUUUAGCUUUUAGGGAAUUUACACCACCUUAUUUACCUGGCGGGGAGAAAGAAAAAAUAGGUAUCGAUAUUUUAAAUAUCACUGACAACUAUUGGUAG